AUGGCUAGUGGCACGUAUGGUUCUUUACCGUCACAAUUCAUAAAAUUUUAUGCUCGAUCUACCAGAAAUGUUAAUGUAAAUAAGAUAUCAUCAGCCAGUAAAGGUCGAAAGAAAUUGGCUGGGUCAGUUGGUCCAACUAAACAAGGUAAGGAUAAUAAGAAAUUUGCAAAGACGAAUAAGAAGCCUCAGUCAUCUAUUUUGAAAACAAAUUACCAUUUUGGUAAUUACGGUGGCCUCAAAGAACUUGAGCUUAGAAAUAAGGAAAUUGCAGCCAGUUUAGUCAAUAAGAUUACUUCUUUUGAUGAUUUGAAGAUUCUUCCAAACGUAAGACAAGCAAUGAUCAAGGCUAUCAAAGAUGAAUCCAUUUUAAAAAACAAAGAAUUGGAUAAUUCUGAAACAGAAACAAAAACAUCUAAAGAGGUAGUACCAUCUCCAAUCCAAGCAGUUGCAAUUAAAAAAAUAUCGAAAACGUUAAUGAACAAUUCGUUACAGAGUCAUAUUAUUGCAGCGGAGACAGGAUCAGGGAAGACAAUGUCAUAUUUAAUACCGUUAAUAGACUUUUUGAAAAGAGAAGAAACAGAACGUCCUGAUGUUUGGGAAUCACAAGUAAAGAAUAAAGCAGUUAUUAGAUCAGUAAUUUUAGUUCCGACACAUGAAUUGAUGGAACAAGUUUAUCAAACAGUAAUGAAAACUGAAAAGUUACUGGAUUUGCAUUGUUGUAAAUGGGAUAUGAAUUUGUCUUACGACGAAUUAAUCGAAGCUAUUAAAUCUAGGGUAGAUAUUCUUAUUACUACGCCACCUAAAAUUACGAAUUUAUUCAAUAUCCGUAAAAUCAGCAGACCUGAUAGAAUAUUGUCUCAGUUAAAGUUUGCAGUUUUGGACGAAGCAGACACUUUGUUGGACAAAUCUUGGUUAGAAGAAACACACGCAGCUAUACGCAAACUUCCCAAUCUUAACCAUUUGAUUUUCUGUUCUGCUACAAUUCCAGUUGAGUUUAAUAAAACAAUUGGAAGGUUGUUUCCGAAUGUUGAAUCUAUCAUUACUCCUAGAUUACAUAAAUUACCUCGUUCAUUACAAUUCAAAGUCAUUGACUCGACUUUAAAUCCAUUUAAAGGUUCAAAAAUAAAAACCUUGGCUCAAACUCUAUAUGCUAUUAAUAACGAUAAUACUGAGCCAGGAUACCAGAAAAAAUGUUUAGUUUUCGUAAAUGAGAAGAAAGAUGUUCCAGAUCUUGUCUCCAAAUUGAAAGGAAUAUACGGACAUGAUUGUGUUGGUUUAACAGGUGAAGAUUCUUUGGAUAAAAGAAUUGAAUCUAUCAAAGAUUUUGUUAACCCAUCUGUUGCAUUGCCAAAAGCAGAUGCAAAGACUGGAAUUUCAGCUGAAACUACCAAACAACAGGAAAUUACGAUACCUGGUUCGAACAUCAAAAUUCCAGAGAGGACAGAAACUCCAGUUGCAAAGGAUGCAAUUUCUAAAUUGAAGGUAUUGGUAACAACAGAUCUUAUGGCACGAGGCUUGAACUUCCGAGGUGUACGUAAUUUGGUGCUGUUUGAUGUUCCAAACUCAGCUAUUGACUUGGUGCAUAGGGUUGGGAGAACAGCAAGAAUGAACCAAAGCGGUAGAGUUUUCAUGAUUAUAGAUAAGAAGACAAAAUCUUGGGCAAAGGGGUUACCAAAGGCUGUGAAAAACAAUCAGACAAUAUCAUGA